CUUCCCGAGCCCGAGCAGGCCCUCUCGUCCACCAGCCCCGCCGCAUGCCCGCCCUCCUCCCAUAACAUAUCUCGUCACGGCCAGGAGAAGAUUUGUUUCAAAGAAGUCUUGAGAUUAUGGCACACUCGAUGGAGUUCCUCACGCUGGGCGAACGGGUCGAACACGCGAUUGCAGCGCUUCCGACGCUGAGCAAAGAGGAGAUCCCGCUAGACGACGCGUGCCCAAUCUGCCUCCAGGGCUUCGGGGCCAUAUAUGAAGGGAAGGCACAGGAGGAGGUCGCGGCUGAUAAUGGGCUCCCGAACGGGACAGACCCGGAAGAGCACAGGGGCGUGACAAAGCUGAGCGGGUGCGGGCAUGUCUUUUGCAGAUUCGACUUGAUAGAAUGGAUACGUGGCUGGCACGGAACCUGUCCCGCCUGCCGCGCAGAGUUCGCGAACAUCCGGCCUCCGUCCUACUCGGAGGACGGCUCCUCCGACGGGAUACGUGCCCAAUGAUGACGAGACGAGGACGACCUCGACGAAGACGACGGGUUCAUGGACACGGACGGUUCGACGCCGAGGGGGAGGACUACGACCUCGACUUCGACCUCGACGGCGACGAGGUCGACCUGGCCGCGGACGUGAACGCUUUAUUGGG